CUCCUACUGCAGCAAGUAUACGAUGGGGAUGUGGGUGAAAUUCCUCUGAAUGAACCGUAAUCGACAAUCGCCUCGUGAAUCCAGACUGCCUGCCUGAUGAAUGAAACCAGCUACUACUGUACGGACGUGAGCGUGAUUCAACAACCAACCAACCAAUCAAACCAGCGAUGGUGAAUCAGUCUUCGGGUUUGUUUUGGUCCGUUCGCACGUGUGUAUGGAAGGUGUGCCGCAGUGUAUGCUCUUACCUGGACAGAGGAUUCGCGGUCGGUGGCGAUAAUGUUGAACAAUAUUGCUGUGGUAUGUGUAACACGAUCACCUACGUAGGUGUGCAUUUAAAUCAAACAGUACUGAAGAUAUGAUCUUUCCGAAUUGAGUAGAUUAUUUAUGUAAAAUUACCAGUAUUUUGGACAUGUUAAAUAUAAUUUAAAUACGCAUCUUGUGAAGUGUGGUGAAGAAAGCAGACUAAGUCGUUGGAAUCUUCCACAAAACCCCGAAGAAAGGAGGUUUGCAGACGGAUUAUUAUUUGGGGUCGAUCAAGUCGCCAAACACGCCCAUAAAAGUUGAUCUCACAGGACAGGAUAUUAAAACGUUCAACGAAACAUGAAUCGUCUACUGGUGGGGGCCCUAUUUGGUGUAGCGCUUUUCAGAACUGCGCUAGGGAUCCUCUGCUACCAGUGCUCGUCGGCCCACUCGAUGUACUGUUCCGAUAUGUUGGUGGCGGACGAGGCGUCUCCAUUCAAGCCGGAACCGUGCGACCACGUGUUCGAGGCGGAGUACUGCGUCAAAUCGACGGCCAUGCACGGUGGCAUCGGAGCCAAGCGGUACUGUUCGUCGCGCGACCUGGGCAACUACUGCAACUACGUGCGCAAUCCGGGUGACCAGAUCGAGUACCGGUCUUGUAUCUUCACCUGCGAUACCGAUGGCUGCAACGGUGCUUCCAGUCUCUCGGGCUUCCGAAAGCUCACGCUCGGUGUUGUGAUGCUCGGCGCGUUGGCCAUCGUGACACGGUUCGCUAGGCAGCAUUGAUGGUGCGUAAUGAUGACAGCGAACGGCCAUAUCAUCUUUUAAAAGCUUUUGAAUCCGGGUUCUGUUAUUCAUUUCCGACGCAAUUGCAUUUCGUACACAUUUAUCGCGUAGCAAUCAUUUAGUAAUAAGUUAACGAACAUUCCGUCUUGACUUGGUUCUUCAAACUGAUUCUUAAACCUAAGCCGUCCUCAUAUUAGUUGCUAAUAUAGAUUACCUCUUAUACAAACAGCGAGACAUUGAGUUUAGUGAGAUCAUAGUCAAACAAUUUUGAAUAAAACAGUAAAAAAAGAAAA